AUCGAGGUGAAACUAUCUUAUGAAGGGUGCGAUGGCCAUCGGACGAAGAUUACUAGGUUGGACCCUAACACCCUAAGGUUAUGUGGUUCAACUCAAAAUAUCUAAGGCCACUUUAGGGUUGUCAAAUAGCCCUAAUAAAUAAGGAUGAGGGUGCCCCAAUCACCCUUACUCUCCCAUUUACAUUUCCUUAUUACUUUGUUUUUUCUUCCUGUAUUCUUGAGUGAGAGACGUCCACAAAUUCAUGUGAUUUAGAUAAGAACCAAGAUUUUGCAGAAGAGGUCCACAAAUUCAUGUGAUUUAUGUAAGAACCAAGAUUUUACAGUGAGAACUCCAGGUUUCGAUUUGUGAACCGUGUUCUUCAUGUUCAUCUUGUUCUUCACAAGUUCCCCUUUGCUCGUCUUCUUGUGUGGCUUGAUUUAUCAUUUUGAGACUAAUUUGAUUUGUUCUUUUUGUAUUGGCUUGAUCUAUGGCGUGAGUUGAUCUUUUCCACCGUAGGAAUUUGACUGAAUCCCCACGAAUUUGUAUAUCGGGACGAAUCAAGUUUGUGGUGUGGUUUUUGGGCUUUUUUAUUCUCCCUUGAUUUCCCGUUGAUUGGUUUCAAAUUGGAUGAUGAUCUCUUAGUGAUCACUCCUCUACUGCCUUGUGAUCAUGCAUACCAAGUUUGGUGGCAAUUGGUGUUGAUUUAGCCACAAAUCGGAUGAAUCAAGGGUGAGGGUGAUUUUGGGGUGCUACUGUUCUUCACUAUUCCGCGGUCCCUGGACACAGUCUAGCCCCAGUUAGCGGACAAUUUGCUAAUCGUGAGCGAGCACAGGUGAGCUUAGGCUUUGCUUGAAAUCAUCUUGUGGGCAAUCCGCUACCCCUGUGCGAGCAGUGUCUAGACUGUUUUCUCACAGUUUGGUUUUUGGAUUUUGUCCUGUGGACAAUCUGGGCCCUGACCUCGGAUAGUCUAGUCCGCCGUUGCUGCUUGUGUUCAGUCCAGAACUAUUUGCUGUCUUUCGGUUUUGGGAGGGUGAACGCUAGACAGUCCGGCCCUUAAAGUCUAUCAGUCGAGGCUUGCUCCGCGGACAAUUUGAGCUCCCUACCGGGCAGUCCGGGACUCAGCAGCGUGUGUCGUUUUCUUCCGUUCUUUCUCGUGUUUGUUUCCAUCGGUGCUUGAGUGUUCUUAAGUGUGUCUAAGACUUCGCUAAGGAUAUCUAGCUACCGGUUAACUUGUGUAUCUCUCAUUUUCCUCAAAAAAAAAACUUGUGUAUCUCUCAUUGUAUUGUGUUAGGGCUUGAUGUUGGAAUAGUGGUUGAAAGUUUCAAAUAAUAUUUAAGGCUCCCGUUCACCCCUUCUAAUCGCCGUCCUUCACUAAGUACUUCCGGUUCCAUUGCUUUCCUUGAAAACAAAGCGGGAGACAAGCUGUACCAAAUAAUUGGCAGCUGGCACGUCUAUUCAUUCGAUUUCCCACUACCCAAAUCAUCCGAUUAUGCCGAGGACAGGUUUGCACUAACUAACGUGCUAGUUCAAUCAUAGUCUCCUGAAUGCCUGCAAGGCCACUCGCAUUAGUAGCUCCACUACUGCGUCCCCUUCAAAAAGCAUCCAUCAUCGAUCGAGCUCUAUCGCUCGGCAGAAAUGGCGGCCAAGAGAGGUGAGCUGAAGCUGCUGGGCGUGUGGGACAGCCCGUACGUCAACAGGGUCCAAAUCGUGCUCAACCUCAAGGGCCUCAGCUACGAGUACGUCGAGGAAGACCUCCUCAACAAGAGCGAGCUCCUUCUCCAGUCCAACCCGGUGCACAAGAAGGUGCCCGUGCUCAUCCACGACGGCAAGCCGAUCGCCGAGUCGCAGGUCAUCGUCCAGUACCUCGACGAGGUCUUCGCCGGCACGGGCCCGUCGGUCCUCCCCGCCGACCCCUACGGCCGCGCCACCGCCCGCUUCUGGGCCGCCUUCGUCGACGACAAGGUCGGGUCUCCAUGGCACACCAUCCUGUUCGCGCGGGAGGCCGAGAAGAAGGCGGAUGCGGCGUCGCGGAUCAUCGCGGCGCUGGAGACGCUGGAGGGCGCGUUCAGGGACUGCUCCGGCGGGAGGUACGUCGACUACUUCGGCGGCGACGGCGUCGGGUUCGUGGACGUGGUGCUGGGCAGCUACCUGGGGUGGUUCAAGGUGUUCGAGAAGAUGGUCGGCGUCAGGGUCCUGGACGCGGCGAGGACGCCGCUCCUGGCCGCGUGGGGGGAGCGGUUCGCCGCCGCGGAAGCGGCGAAGGACGUCCUGCCGGAUGACGUUGACAAGGUGCUCGAGUUCCUGCAGCAGUUCCUGGAUUAGGUGGGCGCCACCACCAUGUGCUCCGGUGUCGAACUCCCAAUGUUUGCUUUGGUCAUUUUCAGUGCGCUGUUCUGUUAAUGGGUCGUCGGGUGUUUCCCAGUUGAUUCGAUAGAAUUGAGGCCUGAUUUUACCCGAGCAUCAAGCUGAAUUAUUCCAGGUUCUAGACAGGAACCACCAGUAAAAUCAUGAUGAAACGUUUCACAGAGAGUGGUUUUGGGUUUCAUA